AGGCCACAGCUGAGACCUGAGAGUUGAGAAGGCCGCCUUGUUCCCGUAGACAACUGUAGUGCGAGGAGGAGGCCGGGCCACCCACACACGACACACCAACCCCCUGCCUCCUCCUCCUCCCUUUCAAACCACUCCGCUCCGGCCUCCGGCUGCCAUCUGCGUCAGCUUCGUCUUUGCUUCCAGCUACCGGCGAGCUGCCAGCGAGCUCGUCCGCGGCGGCCAUGGUGGCCCUGCUCGGCUUCUUCCUGCUGCUGCUUCAGUUCGGCCCCUCUUCUUGCAGCAAUGUGUACAUUGUGUACAUGGGGGAGAGGAGCCCCAAGCUGCACCCGGCGCUGGUCCGGGACGCGCACCACGGCAUGCUUGCCGCCGUCCUCGGCAGCGAGCCGGCGGCCAAGGACGCCAUCCUCUACAGCUACCGGCACGGCUUCUCCGGGUUCGCCGCCGUGCUCACGGACAGGCAGGCGGCGCGGCUCGCCGAUUGGCCUGGGGUCGUGCGAGUGGUGCGGAAUCGUGUUCUUGACCUGCACACCACCAGGAGCUGGGAUUUCAUGCGAGUGAAACCGGCGCCCUCGGUUGGAAUCCUAUCGGAGAGUAGAUUUGGGGAGGAUUCCAUCAUCGGCGUGCUAGAUACUGGGAUAUGGCCGGAGUCGGCCAGUUUUAGAGACGACGGCAUCGGUGAGGUUCCACGGCGGUGGAAAGGGCGGUGUAUAGCCGGAGACAGAUUCAACGCUUCUAACUGCAACAGGAAAAUAAUAGGUGCGAAAUGGUACAUAAAAGGGUACGAAGCUGAGUAUGGCAAGAUGAACACAACCGACAUCUAUGAGUUCAUGUCCGCGAGAGAUGCUGUCGGGCAUGGCACGCACACGGCGUCCACAGCUGCUGGUGCCCUGGUAGCCAAUGCAAACUUCAGGGGCCUUGCCAGUGGUGUUGCAAGGGGAGGGGCACCGAGAGCUAGGCUGGCCGUUUACAAAGUGUGCUGGGCCACCGGAGAUUGCACUUCUGCGGAUAUACUUGCAGCUUUCGACGACGCUAUACAUGAUGGCGUCGAUGUGCUUUCAGUGUCCCUGGGGCAAGCACCACCCCUUCCUGCUUAUGUUGAUGAUGUCUUGUCGAUUGGAUCCUUCCAUGCUGUCGCAAAAGGGAUUGUUGUGGUCUGCUCUGCAGGAAACUCUGGACCUUAUUCAGAGACGGUGAUCAACUCAGCACCCUGGAUUGUGACUGUUGCUGCUGGCACACUUGAUAGGACUUUCCUCACAAAGAUCACCCUUGGAAACAACAGCACCUAUGUGGGGCAAACAUUGUACUCCGGGAAGCAUCCUGCCAAAAGUAUUCGUGUAGUCUAUGCUGAAGAUAUUGCAUCUAAUAAUGCAGAUGAUACAGAUGCAAGAAGCUGUACUGCAGGAUCUCUGAACUCUACUCUAGUAAAGGGAAAUGUGGUGCUUUGCUUCCAAACACGAGCACAGAGAUCAGCAUCAGUGGCAGUAGAGACUGUCAAGAAAGCUCGUGGUGUUGGAGUCAUCUUCGCUCAGUUCUUAACCAAGGACAUCACAUCUUCAUUUGACAUUCCCUGUGUUCAAGUAGACUACCAAAUUGGAAUAACAAUACUGGCAUACACUACUAGCAUGAGAAACCCAACAGUUCAGUUUGACUCAGCGAAAACUAUUUUCGGAGAACUAAUAGGCCCAGAAGUUGCAUAUUUCUCAUCUCGGGGUCCUAGUUCUCUAUCCCCCUCUGUUUUGAAGCCAGACAUUGCCGCCCCAGGUGUCAACAUUUUGGCUGCAUGGACACCUGCUGCUGCCAUAUCAUCCGCCAUUGGAUCUGUGAACUUCAAGAUUGAUUCAGGAACCUCGAUGUCCUGCCCACAUAUUUCAGGCGUGGUUGCUCUCCUCAAAUCACUGCAUCCUAGUUGGAGUCCCGCUGCAGUAAAAUCAGCACUUGUCACAACAGCCAAUGUCCAUGACAAUUAUGGGUUUGAAAUUGUAUCUGAGGCGGCACCCUACAAUCAGGCAAACCCAUUUGAUUAUGGUGGUGGUCAUGUGGAUCCAAGCAAGGCUGCACACCCCGGUCUUGUGUAUGACAUGGGAACAUCUGAGUAUGUGCGCUUCCUUUGUUCCAUGGGCUACAACGGCUCAGCCAUCAGCUCCAUGACUCAACAGCAUGCGACAUGUCAGCACACGCCGAAAACUCAGCUAAACCUGAAUCUUCCAUCCAUCACCAUUCCCGAACUGAGGGGCAAACUUACUGUGUCAAGAACAGUCACGAAUGUUGGCUCAGCCAUGUCGAAGUACAGAGCUCAUGUCCAACCUCCGCCGGGUGUGGAUGUGGCCGUCAGCCCCUCACUCCUGGUCUUCAACUCGACCGCGACAAAGUUGACAUUCAAGGUUACAUUCCAGGCCAAACUGAAGGUGCAAGGGAGGUAUAACUUCGGUAGCCUGACAUGGGAGGAUGGCGCCCACACGGUGAGGAUCCCUCUUGCCGUUCGGACGAUGAUCAGUAAGUUCUACGUCAAUGCAUGAGCUAAUGUGUGUGUUAGCUUUCGUUCACCAUCGGUGAUGGUGAGACAGACAGCAUGUAACUCGUUAAUUUCUCCCGAUUCUAAUGGCAUUGGUAAGGCUGGGGUUCCUGAUUGGAUUGAAUUCAACUACUGAUUGAGACGAACAAAUAAAUGAAAUGCCCAGAGAAAUUGAAUCUUUC